AUGGUCGUGGCCACGAGUUCUCGAGUCGUCCAACGGACGACAGGGACAGUGUGGAACAAGGUUGAACCUUGGCGACGCACAGAAGGACGGGGCGCAAAGCUUCUGGAAGCCAUUCAGACGAGGACGGCGGUCCAACAUGGGGCUUGUGGGGCCGACUGCAAGGGCGGCACCCUGGGUAGACUCGAUACGGUCGCAUUCGUCGUCCUCGACACACGGGGAGGCUACGUUGAGGGUUCUGGCGAUCCCCUCGUGGAAGAUGAAGCCAUGCCCGAGGCGAUGGAGGGAUCACAAUCCGUGACGCGCAUUUGCUCACACCGCCUGAAGCGGAGCCACAGCCGACGAGAUUGUAAUGAUCGUGGCCAAGUCAAGCCCUCAUGGCGAUCAAGUCUGCGGUGCUGGUGUGUCCUCAAUCCGACAUUCGAGAUUGAGGUCGUAUCUGGCACCACGCGUGACCAAUGA